AUGAUAACAUACACCCAAGACGGCCAGGCUCGCAUUCGCACAGCUCAACCGGCCACCGGCGCCACACACACGCUGGCCGAGCUCAACGUCGUCGACCCAGACGAAAGCGACGUCCACUUUGUCCUUUAUGCCUUUGACUCGGCGCUACCUUACCUCGCUUCCAUCGGCUCUGAAGCGCAGUGGGGCACCAUUCCCUUUUCCGAAAAGCCAGAAAGGGUGCAGGGCUUCGAAAAGUUCGUACAAGGUAGUUACGUCCUUGAUGCCAGCCCCGUCCAGGACGGAGCAGCGUGGCAGCAAAUGGUCCUGUACGAGAUCAAGACACCAGAUGGCAAGUGGUCUCGAGUCGCAGCACAAGGCUUGGCAACCGGCUUUCCUGACUACGUUCCAGAACACCUAGCCGACAAAACGGUCAGAGAGGCGACUGACUACCUCUAUCUCAGCUACCUCAUCGCCGACAGAAGAAAGGGCGGCCUCGCCAAAGGCUCGGCAGCACAGCUUGUUGCGUUCGCUGAUGGCCAAGCGAAGAAGCUCAAAAAGAAGGUUAUCUACGGUGACUGCUGGCGUGGCAACAAUGACGGCCUACUCAAAUACUAUCAAGCCUUGGGCUUCAAUUCUGUCGGUCCUUUCGAUGUCAAGGACAAGCACGGGCCAGGGUUGCGCUGGACGGGCUAUCUCUUUUCAAAGCCGGUCUCGCAAUAG